AUGAGUUUGGCGCCAGCAAAAAGUUCUCCCACAUUAAGGUACCCAAAGAGGAAAUCUCUUGAAGCUGACAAUCGCAGUGGAGAGAUGAAUAAUUUUCAACAAACAAAUGGUAUAGAAAACAAAAUUACCAUGAAAAGGAUGCUUUUGCCAAAGCCGGAAGCCGUUCCGCCAUUGAAUUUUUCUUUAGUUGAGGAUAUGAUCUAUAGAUCAGGCUUUCCCAUGCCGAUAAAUUACCCUUUUCUUGAUAAUUUGGGCCUCAAAACUAUAAUAUACUUAGGUGAUUUAGGCAACAAAGAACAUAAAAAGAAGGAUAAGACGAAUGUCUCCCCUAAAGAUAAAGAUAAAGAUAAAGAUAAAGAUAAAGAUCAUGAUUCAUCAAAGAAAAAAGAUAAGCAUGGGACUACCGAAAUAAUGGAAAAUUAUGAAAAGUGGAUAUCGACCACGGAUAUUGGAUUUCAUAAGUUAUAUAUGGAGUCUUCUCAAGAGCCCUUCAACUCUCCAAUUCAAUCCCGACAAGCUCAGGAAUCUCUUUCAGAAGCUCUACAAUUAAUGCUUGAUAAAAAGAAUUUCCCUAUGCUCAUACACUCGAACAAGGGAAAACACAGAAUUGGCGUUUUGGUUGGAUUGUUUCGAAAAGUUUUGCAAGGCUGGUGUAUGAGUGGUAUCUUCGAAGAAUACGAAAAGUUCUCUAUGGGAAAAUCUGAAUUUGAUUUGGAAUUUAUUGAAUUAUGGCAACCAGAGCUUCACUACGAUGAAGAUUACAAGCCCCAAUUUGUAAGAAUAUGA